AUGCCGGGCAAUUUCAAAAGGCCGUUCGACCCGAAGAGACGCAAGAAGUCGAAGGCCAAUGACAAGAGCAGUGCCCAUGAUGAAGUCCUGCUGACCGAUAUCAACCAUCUCAUCAAAAACAAUCGACCCGAACAAGACGAGUCCAACGACGAGAAUGCGACCCCGCCUGCUCCCACUCUCCCCGAGACCUUCACCGAGAUUGACGUGACUGUGUCCGAUAUUUCGUCGACUGGAGAUGGUCUCGCACUUUCCGAAAACAAAGAUCAUGUCUAUGUUGUCCCUUUCACCGUUCCAGGAGAUAAGGUGCGCGUGAAAGUGAUCAAACACUUUCCUGCCCAGUCGUACACCAUGACCGACUUUCUCAACGUGAUUGAGCCCGGUCCCCAAAGAAAUGAUGCGCUUAUCGGGUGCACUUAUUUUGGAAAGUGCUCGGGUUGUCAAUUGCAGAUGAUGUCGUAUGAAGACCAGCUUGCGCACAAGCGGCGCAUUGUAGAGAAAGCAUAUGCCAAUUUCUCUGGACUCAUCCCCGAAUUGGUCCCCGCCAUUGGGGAGACUUUCCCUUCUCCCAUGCAAUAUGGAUAUCGCACUAAACUUACACCUCAUUUUGCCCAAGGAGCUGGCAAAAAGAAGCCAAACCAGGAGGAACCAGAGGAAGUCAAGGUGCCACCGAUUGGCUUUACUUACAAGAACCGGAGAAUGGAUAUGGAUAUUGAGGACUGUCCACUGGGAACGGACAUCGUCCGCCGUGGUCUCAAGAGUGAAAGGAAACGUGUUGCUGAGAACAUCCGCUCCUAUAAGAAAGGCGCAACCCUUCUUAUGCGGGAAUCUACCGCACGCGUUCCAAAGGAGACCUCAGAAACUGAAACUGAGGCCAAAGAUAUGAACGGACUCAAUUCGACCCCAGGUGCCGACACCGGUGAGGUGAUCCGAGUUGAGCGUGAGAACUAUAUUGAAGAGAAACGCUGUGUCACUGACAACAAUGCCACUUCUAUCGAAUAUGUUGAUGACUUUAUCUUCAGCAACAAAGCCGGCGGUUUCUUCCAGAACAACAACUCCAUCCUGUCUGGUUUCACCGAGUUUAUCCGCUCCCAGGCCUUGCCUCCGGGUAAUGACCAAGAUCCCACCCCCAUCAAAUAUCUUCUUGAUGCAUACUCAGGCUCGGGUCUGUUCACUAUCACCCUUUCCACCAUUUUCAAGUCCAGCCUGGGUGUUGAUGUUGCAGGGGAUUCCAUCGUCUGCGCGCGUGACAAUGCUCGUGCCAACAACCUUCCAAAUACUGGGUUUGCUGCUGCAGAUGCCGCAGUCUUGUUCAAGGAUGUUCCCUACCCUCCUGACCAGACUCUUCUGGUCAUUGAUCCUCCUCGCAAAGGCUGCUCGGAAGAUUUCCUUCAGCAACUGCUUGAGUUCAAGCCCCGCCGUGUUGUGUACGUUAGCUGCAACGUUCACACUCAGGCCCGAGAUGUGGCAGUCAUGGUCCAGGGUAGCGAGAAGCAAGACGUGCGAUAUGAGAUAGAGAGUAUCCGUGGAUUCGAUUUCUUCCCUCAGACGGGGCACGUUGAAGGUGUCGCUAUUCUCAACCGAACUUCAUUCCCGAAACACUCCGCAUAG